AUGGGAAGAUGUUUUUCCUCUCCGACAUUUAAAAAUAAGUAUAACAACGAUUGCUAGAAUUACACUUAAUACAAUUUAAAUUGGAGUUAUAGUCGUAUAAAUGAUAGAAAUGUCAAGAAAUUAGUAAAAUCUAUAAAUGAAAGUCAAUUAGUGACUAAAUUUGAUUUAAAUUUAAGCUAUAAUUUAAUAACUGUUGCUGGAGCAAUUAAAUUAGGAGAGACUCUUGGAUAAUAAUUGAAUUUAUUAGCCUUCUCCCUUAAUCUUGAAAAAAAUUUAAUCGGUGAUGAUGGAGCAUUAAAAAUCGGUGAAGGAAUAGCUUAAUGCCUCAAUUUGACUUCUUUUGCUCUAAAUAUUGUAUAUAAUCAAAUUAGCAAAUAUGGCAUUGCUAAUAUAGGAUAGGCAAUUGGUUUGUGCAAAAAUUUACAAUCCUUCGUCUUAAAUUUAGAUUACAACUAAAUUGAAGAUGAUGGAGUUUCAUAUUUAACAAAAGGUAUUUCUAAAUGCAAAGUCCUAAAAAAUUUUGUAAUGACAUUAAAAAAUACUAACAUAAGUGAUGAAGGAGCUUAAAAAAUAUCUAAAGUUAUACAAGAACUGCCAACUUUGAGAUCUUUUGAAUUAAGUUUAAAAUAUAACAUGAUAUUUAGCUUGAAAACCAAUAGAAAGAAAUGCUAAAAAAUUUUAAGACUUGUAAAUUAUAAGCUUAGUGCUUGA